AAAGAAAGAAGGGAGGAGAAGAGAGAGUGGGAGGGGAGUGUGGAAGACUAAGGGAACGCGGCAGAGGCCGGGAGAGGCAGCACGGCGGACGGCGAGGGAAGCCAGAGCUGUCAGGGGAAGGAUAGGGCGGCUUCGGGCACCUACGGCCGCAGCGCGGGGCAACCGCCCCAGCCCGUCCUCCCACUGGCACCAUGGUGGACAGGGGCCCCUUACUGACGUCGGCCAUCAUCUUCUACCUGUCCAUCGGGGCGGCGAUAUUCGAGGUGCUGGAAGAGCCGCACUGGCGCUCGGCUACUGACGACUACAAGCGGCAGAAGACGGAGUUGCUUAAGCAGUUCCCUUGCCUGGGCCAAGAGGGGCUGGACAAGAUCCUGCAGGUUGUGUCGAAUGCUGCUGGACAGGGGGUUGCCAUCACUGGGAACAACACUUUUAACAACUGGAAUUGGCCUAAUGCUGUUAUCUUUGCUGCUACUGUGAUCACUACAAUUGGUUACGGAAAUGUUUCUCCAAAGACACCCUCUGGGCGUCUCUUCUGCAUAUUUUAUGGGCUUUUUGGAGUUCCUCUCUGCUUGACAUGGAUCAGUGCUUUGGGGAAGUUCUUUGGAGGACGUGCCAAGAGGCUGGGCCAGUUUCUGACGAAAAGAGGAGUAAGCCUGAGGAAAGCUCAAAUUACAUGCACAGCUAUUUUCAUUGUUUGGGGUGUCUUGGUCCAUCUGGUUAUUCCUCCCUUUGUCUUUAUGGUGACUGAAGGAUGGGAUUACAUUGAAGGCCUCUAUUUCUCAUUCAUCACCAUCACCACCAUAGGAUUUGGAGAUUUUGUUGCUGGUGUAAAUCCAGAUGCAAACUAUCACGCCCUUUACAGAUAUUUUGUGGAGUUAUGGAUCUAUCUGGGACUAGCUUGGCUUUCACUAUUUGUUAACUGGAAGGUCAGUAUGUUUGUGGAAGUCCAUAAAGCAAUCAAGAAACGGAGGAAAAAAAGAAAAGAGUCAUUUGACAGCCAUCCUCGGUCUAAAAAACCCCUUCAAAUGGGUACCUCAAAGGAUGUCAACAUUUUCAGCUUCCUUUCAAAGAAGGAAGAGACCUACAAUGAUCUUAUUAAACAAAUUGGGAAGAAAGCCCUGAAAACAAGCAAUGACAAAAUUAUUAAAGUAGAAAAUGCCAAACAAAAUAUGCAGAAUGCCGGUAUAGAUGCCCAGGUGACUUACACAAAGACAGAGUCAUUUGAGUAUGAUGAGGCUUCCCUGGACAUUCAGAAUGGUCAUGUACUGAGACCCAUGCAUGAUAAACGUAUGGGAGAUAGUCCUCUAGAAGGAACCAUGUUUGUAAACCAGCUGGACAGGAUUAGUGAAGAAGAAGGUGAAGUAUGGGAUUCCAGAGACUAUCGACCCUUAAUAUUUGAAAAUGCUAAUAUAACAUUUGUGAAUGAAGAUGAUGAUGAAGAGGACGAUAUCUCUGAUGAUGAGGAAACCUCAAAAUCCUCCAUGGAUGAUAAUCUUGCAGAGGAAUCUGAAACUGCAAAAAAACUGGUAAAAUUCCCAUCCUCUGAUGAAUCUACCUUUACCAAUAAUGAGCUAGAACUUUCUGUGCCUUACGAACAACUGAUGAAUGAAUAUAAUACAGUAAGCAACGUGAAGGUUGCAACGUGAAGUGUUUUUGACAAUGGUUUUCUGAAAGUGGUCAGUGCAUAUUGAAAAAAUUAAUGGAACAAGGAGAAAAGCAUGUUUUUGCAGCUUCUCCUGUCUCUUUGAAAACAAAUGCAAGUUCCAAACUAAUAAACUCCAGUGUCCUUUUCCCAUCCUAAGUUGGUUUCUGAGCCAGUCAGCUUUGCUUAUCUGAAAAACUUGUAAAAUAACAGUUGAAUUUGGAGUCCUGCUUCUUCUUGGGAUUUUAUGGUUCUUGAACAAGGUAGAAAAGAAAAGACUAGUUAAUACACUGGACCUGCUCUACGUUUAUGCAUUUCAUUGAGGAAGUAGUUUGCGAGUGUAACUGUACUGUUGCAAGGAGACUGUUCCGGGCACCAAAUGUGUUUGGUUGCUGCAUUAGCCUCUCAACUCUGAAAAUCUGGAUUUGAAUCCUGCUUUGAUUACAAAUGAAAACAAGGGGUUUGCUUUCCCCCCCAACCCUCCCAAGUUUCCCACUAAGUUGUUAUCACAAAUAAAAUGGUGCAACCAUUAGUCAUACUUAAUGAGAAAUUUCAGAUGAAAUACCAGGACACAGAUCUGAGCUGAGGUAUGCUGGCAGACUGAGAAGGAAGCUUCUGAAAUGUCUGUCUAGAAUAUGUCAGUGCUUGUCAAAUUAUAGUGAACUGUAAUUUCAUAAAUAAAUAUUAAAAUUAAACAUUCCAAAGGAGUGGAUUGAGAAGGAGCCUUCUAACAAGGAAGAAUCACCUGGGAUGAAGCUCACCAAUUGGGCUGCUAAACAGCACAUCAGCCCUAGAACAGUUAACAAGUAAAGUGACUGGAAGACCUAUUGAUCAAAGCAUGUAUGAGCAUAUGCAGGAUGCAGUGAACUUUUUUAAUGUUGAAAGUGUCCUUCCACUAUCUAUUUCCUAGAGGAAACACUUGAAUGAACCUUAUACAGUAUCUAUGUACAGGUGAAGUUGCAUUGACCCUGUUUUGAGGACAAAAUCACAUUGGGAGGCACAGAUAUCUCCAAAUGCCCUAAUGCCUGUCAGAAGGAACCUGUAGUACUGCUGCUGAUCUGUGCAGUGGGAUAGUCAGUAUUCUUUCAUGUUUCUUCCCUUCCUCCCUGCCUUGGUACUUCACACUAGACUUGAACGAGAUAUGAUUUUUUUGGAAACAGUUGAUUACACUUUGCUUAUUUACUUUGUUUCAAAGUUUGACCUAUGUGCAUAUACAAUGGUUAUUCUAUUCCACUUUCAAGAAGGUUGGGCAAUGCCAAAUCUUUGAAAAACUGAGAGGUGAUCUAGUGACUUAGGGCCAUAAGGCAGUUUUUGAAAGGAACUUUGGCUCUAAGCUCCUGAAAGUAUUAUUUUUUGGCUUGAAGAUGGGCUUUGAGAAGGAAAUAUGUCUCUUUAUAACACUUCUGCCCAAAUUGUUUUGUCUAGGAAGAAAAUUAUACCAUGGCUUUAUUUUUAUUUGUUUUUCCAUAUCUAUGUAUUGACCCCGACAACUUUUUCAAAUGAGGCUCUUGAUUACAUGUUGGCAAAAGGUACUGUGCUGACUUCAGUUGUAUCCAGUAUACUUGGAACAGAAAAUAGCCAAGGCCUUUGAACCUUAAUAUGUCAAGUUCUGUUGUUCUGUUUAGUUUUACAGUAUUUAAGUCAUUCUAGUAUGUCCAAAAAUUUCUGAAGUUCAGCGAACACUUAAAAGUUCUCAUUCUCAUUUUCAGAAUGCUGGCAGACUCGCUAGCUUUGUAAGAAGAGCUUAUGGAAUCUUGCAAUGCUAAUCUUGAAUUACUAGCUAUUUCUAAUAACUGCAAAUAUUGGCUGUAGCUUCAGUUGCUGGCCUCCUCAAAAGAAGGGGGAGAAGGACAUAUGGGAAACUGACACUCUGGUUGUAUAGCUUGUUGGUGGGGAAGAUUUGAAGUCAUCUACUGUGAAACAAGGGACUGUCUUUACCAGUUGUCUUUUCAGAAUUUUUCAUGUAUAUGAUAUUUUUUCUUUCAAACAGAAGUUGAACACUAGGCCACCUCUGUUAUACUGGCAAAAAUGUGGAGUCAGCGUCAUUGGAUUUGGUAGUUAAUCUGUAUUUUAUGAUAAUAUCACUGAACAAAGAUUAUAAUUUGAAAUAAAAUUUUAUUAUAUUACUACUAUUUGAAGCAGGGGUGGCUGGAUUAAUUUGAUUUGUAUCUGACAGGAAAGAGGGAGAGGCCACACUGAGAAGAUUCUGUUUUAUUUCUAAUAGACACCCACACCCCCAUCAUUUAAAAAUUAAUCCCAAGCCCUCGAAGUGUUUCUGUAUAACUGAAGGAUUGUGGUUAACAGCUUGUAACUGUAAGAAAUGGUAGGUAAGACUACAUGCAUUAUACACAGGAUACUUGUGUAGCAAUUCCAGCCUUCUCUUUUUCGUUUUAAAAAGUAUACAUUAACUUCAGAGAAAAUGAGAAAGCGCUCCAUAUAGUUUUUGUUGUUUUCCAACUUGUCUUCCGUUAUCGAUGCAAAGAUCAAAAUUUUAGGCACAGUUAGAAAGCUACAAGACAGUGAAGAGAGAAGAGGCUUGCUGAAAGUACGUGAAAUGGAUAAGCAUUCUCCAUUCUCAAUAAGAAAAAUAAAACCUCUCUUUAAUACAGAAAUAAUACAACCCAGACACUUGGCUGGGCUGCUUUGACUGGGAGAGGAUGUUGCACACUGCAACCCAGACUCUGCGUUCUCUGUAGCAAAGUGCACUUGUACGCCAGAGCUGAGAAUGGUUGGGAUCUGUUUCGUAUUAUCAGGUUAGAAGUGGUUCUCUGGCCUUUCCCAGUGUAGUCAGCAUAAACUCAAAGUCUGCGUAAUAAGUAUCAUGGGAUUUAAAGUAAUAGUUUAAAUUUAUUAAAACAAAGUACAAUAUUCCCACUUUUUUGGGAAACAUGAUCACACCUCACAAAACUGUUCUCAAGACAUCCCACCAUGUGCCUUAAUGUAAUCCUGACACUGGGAAAAAAUUCCUCUUUACACAAGGGCCAUCACAAUUGGUCUCCUUAAGCCCUACUUGUUUUCAGUGUUUUGGAGGGUUUAGUUGGUGCAUAGCUUUCACACUGUUUCUCUCCAAGAAGAUGACCCAUUCCGGAUUAUGGUGCCAUCUCAAAUUUGCCGAAGUGCUAAGCAAGACAGCUUUUUGCCUGCCUGUCUUCCACAUCUUGAGAAAACCAGCUGCCUGGUGGAUCCAAAUUAAUGUCUUUCUGCCUUCAGAUUUACAUGUUCUGAAGUGAGUUAGAGGGAUAUCCAGGCUGUAUUCUGAGUUAUUCAGCCCCAGAAGUGCCUGUGAGUGAAUUCCCCCAUGCUACUUGGUAAAGUCUUUUAGUUAUUUCAAUUACCUGGUCCAUCUGGAAAUAUUUUCUUCAGAUGUCAUGUCAGAUCUUGUUUGGUUAACUGAUAAUGUUAACAGCUGUCUUAAAGCUGUGGAAUUAGUUUUAUAACUGAGACACAUCUCCUCCCAGACAGAUGGGAAAGGGGAUUUUUAAAAAAGAAUGUGUGG